UAUUUGUCUAUUGUACAAUUAAAAAUGAGUGAUAUCAAAAAAAGCUUUCUGAUCCUGAUGGCUGCUUAUAUUUCAUCUCAGAAUGUGAACAUAAACUGCAGUUAUUCUCUUAGUCGUCAUCCAGAACAAUCAACAAGUGAGAUGGACUGUAUCAUCUACAACACUUCAUCUUUAAAUUGUACACUGCCUGUAAAUCAGAAUGUUACUGAAAAACAGCCAUUCUUCUUCUUUUUCAGACAGAAUAACCACAUGAAAGAAUGUCCCAUUUAUUUGAUAGAUUAUGAUCAUGGAACAUUUUUGUGCCAUUUUCCAAAGCUAAAUAUUUCAUCAUUAAAGUUCUAUAUUCAUGUGAAUGGAUCCAUCAAUGAAACUGUAGUCUUUCGGCCUUUGAAGAUUGAGAAACUGAAUCCACCUGUAAAUAUAUCAGUUUCUGUCGACAACGAAAACAUUUCAAUUACCUGGGGACCACCACCCACACGUGUUGAAGCUCCAGAAGAUUGCUUAGAAUAUCAUUUACGGUUUGUUGACUUGCAUAGAAAUGAAAAGGUAAUUGAACAUGUUUCAUCCUCAUAUCACAUACCUAAAAGUCAUAUAACCAAACCGUGUCUGGUGCAAUUAAGAGUUCAAGGAAAGGAAAUUUGUGGUUUUGGCAAAAUAUUAAGUGACUGGACAAAGCCAUUUUCAAUUGAUGCGACUAACAGUUCGAGAUUUAAGCUUCCUUUGCUGGCACUGAAUGCAGUAAUCUUUGUCUUUGGUGCAAUCUGUGUUUGCAGCAGAUGCAAAUUAUUGCAUAAAACAUGCCCUCCUGUUCCACAUCCCAAGAGAACGUUUGCUGAAUGGUUUAAAAAAUUUGAUGAAAUAUCAGCCAAUACCGUAGAAUCCCAGGCUUCCAUGGAAAGUGAAAUGGAGGAAUUAACUUCAGAGAAGUGAUCUGCUGAUGGAUAGAUGGAUGGAUGGAUGGAUGUUAAAGCAAGUCUUUCUUUCUUUCAAUAUGUGCAAGAAAAUAUGGACAUUUCCAAGAUAUUAUUUCUAAAUGCUAGAACACUUUUAACUUUUUCACAUUUUGUUAAAUCUUCUAUGUCACAUCCACUGCAAAUACAGUUCUUUGUUUGUAACGUGAUUAUUAUUUAAGGAAAAUACAUCACAAAGAAUAAGAAGCAUCUAGGUAAGAUUUGGAAGUUAGUUUUUAAAGAGCGUUCAGUUGAGUGGUACUGUAUAUAGAAAUUUCUCAGAUUUUGAAAAUCUUUUAAAGCACUGUAAAACUUAUUAAAGGCUUCAUCCAAAGUUGCAUAUCUGAAGUUUAUGAACAUAUGUGUAUAAGAAAAAAGUAUUUUAAUGUUAUUUUUUUAACUUAUGAACCACAAAUAAGCUGAAUUUUCACUUGCGCUAAGAGAAAAUCUGGAACAACGUUCAAACAUACCUGAUCACCUUCACAAGUAUUCCAAACAAAUGUCACUGUAGCUGUGGAUUGGAGCAUGACUGAAUGUUGGUGAGUCGGGCUUUCUUACAGCUGAUGCUAUAAUCAGGGUCUGUCCUUGUGGUAGCCCACCAAACGAGAUAAAGCUGGAUCAGCAGGCUGCAGCAAGGUGUAUUUUUUGCCUUUAUGUGCUACUGUUUAUUUUUGGUCAACAUGUCUCCUUGCAUUGACCUGAUCAUCAUGACUCCAAAAACUAUCAUGAAAUAGAAAGAAAGGCUGGGAAACUUGAACGAUAAAGCAUAGGUAAACAGCUUCAUUAAACAGUAUUGAAUGAAGAGGAAUGAUUGAUGACUAAUGUUAUUAUUAAUCAAAUUCUGUCAAUUUUCAUGUAUUCUGCAUGUAACAUGUACUGAGUAUCACUAACAUGUAGCUCUACUCCAGACAUCCAAGACUCUCUCUUCAUAACAAUGAAAAGUUCAGCUUCAUUAUGGUUAAAAAAAUGAAAAAGUCUAUUAAAACACGUUCUUAACAAAAUUUCAGAAAGUAGCUGUUUGUAAUUCAUGUGAAAAUGCUAUUUACUUUUUUAAGACAUUUUAACUGUUACAUAUCUUUUCAUUAAAACAAGUUAUUUUACAAUUUUCAACAAUA